UGUCAAUAAAACAACUCCAUACAAUUUCUCCUCUCUCCGGCGGCGGCGCCACCAUGGCUGUGGUUGUUGGAAAUCUAACUUUAUUACUAGACUUGGCCUCUCCUCGAACCAUAAUUCCGGACCGGAAGACCCGACCAGUAGCAAUCGACGUAGUUUUGAACCUUCCAAAGAGAUAUCACGCCUAUGCUGCUUGUCUGAUCAAUAAGAGCUUUGAAUCAGAUGGCGAAGGGAGGAGUCAAAGAGUGGUUGCGCGAGGAAAAGCUUAUUCGAAAAUGAACGGUGUGGAUUUUGAUAGCGAUGAAGAGAACGGAGAUGCAAAAGGUAACGCAGAGGGAGAAGAGGAGGAAUUCGAUUGGGAGAAGGAGAUGAAAAAGAGAGUAAAGGAGAUUGAGGAUAUGAGAGAGUUGGAGAAGAAGGCAGAGGAGUUGCAGAAUAAAGCAGAGGACAGUGAAGAUGAGGGUAGAGAGGAGACUGAAGAAGAAAAGAAGAUGAGAGUGAGAAAAGAACUCGAAAAGGUUGCUCAGGAACAGGCAGAGAGGAGAGCGACGGCUCAAUUGAUGUUUGAAUUGGGACAAAAGGCUUAUGGAAAGGGCAUGUAUUCGCGGGCUAUUGAGUUUCUUGAAGCGGCACUCACAAUAAUUCCAAGACUCACUUUGUUUGGUGGUGAGAUUCAAAUAUGGCUGGCUAUGGCUUAUGACGCUAAUAACCGCCAUGCAGAUUGCAUUGCUCUUUACCAGCAACUGGAAGAGCAGCACCCAAGUCUCAGUAUCAGGCGCCAAGCUGCAGAUCUUCGCUAUAUUUUGCAAGCACCUAAGCUCAAGAUAUCGCAGGAGGAGAUGGUUACCAUUCCACUAAUUGGUUCAAGUUAUGACAGCUAUGCAGCAACAUGGACUGACAAAAACAAGGACAAGAAUCAAGGUACUACGAAUCAGCUGCCAUCCUCAAGAGAUUAUUUAGGGGACUUUCUGGUGUGGCGACCUCCUAUCGAUUUGGAUAAAAACCAAGCUUUCUGGGUAGCUUUAACAUUAUGGUUUGGCUUGGUUGGAGCUGCCCUCUUUCUUCAAAGAUGAAUCAAACACUUCAUAUUGUAUUUCUUGGUUAUUAUUUUUAUUAUUUUUUUGAACUGCUUGGUUACAACGUCCAUUCCAUUGUUUAUAUGUUGUCCACCACUUAUUGUGCUAAUUCCAUUGUGAUAUUAUUGUAUGUAUGUAUAAAGCCGAAAGAAAUUUCAUUUAUCAGUUUAGAUCUACUUCUUGUUGGAUUUUA